GCGUCUUCGAAUCACCCAAACCGUCUGCAGCCGCCUGCCACCGUGUCCCCGCAGCCUGCGCAACCCCCACUGUGCGCCAGAAGACACGGCUGUGCCGGAACAUGAUCCGUAUUACCGGGACAUUUGAGUUGGCGAAUGUCUUCCCCGCGGCUUCUUGAUUGAUCCCCCUCGCCCUCUUCAUGUUCACUUGCGUGCUUCCUCCCUGGUAAGAGUCAGAUUGAUCUCACCUCCCAGCCUUGAUACCUUACCCUCCUGCCCCCCAUGUCUUCAUCCUCUGGCUUUCAGCCCAUGCCGGGAUGGUACUGGCCAGAUGACGUACCCAAGCAUGAGCCUUCACAGUCUGGUGCCGCCUCUGCAGAUACAUCAUCGCGGCAACAGCACACUGAUGAAUCUGCAAGUGGCUCAAGUUCGUCAUCGCAACCGCGUAGUUCCAGACGCACCCACUGGCCCUCCAGACAGUGCAGAAUAUGUCUCGAGACGGUCCAGCCAACCUUCAAUGUCCCUUCGCCAAACCUACCCGGGUUCUUACAGUCUUCCAAUGUGGUUUACGAAGAUGAGGCUGGUCGCCUGAUCCGCCCGUGCAUGUGCAAGGGCUCAUCCAAGUAUGUUCAUGACGCGUGCUUGCAAGCCUGGAGGCAUGCAGACCCCAGCUACGGUCGCAGAAACUACUGGCAAUGUCCAACUUGUGGCUUCAAGUACCGCCUGGCGCGUUUGGGUGUCGGCCGGAUUAUUGGCAGUGUUUCUGCUCAGGUUGGUUUGACCGUCCUCAUACUGUUUUCCAUCAUCUUCGUCCUAGGGUUUGUUGCCGACCCUAUCAUCAACUUAUAUCUUGACCCCUGGAGUAUGCUGCUUCCCUGGUCUGGGCAUUCAGGCUCUGAUUAUUCUUACUACUACGAAGACGAGUCAUCUACUUGGUAUGAGCACUUUGCAAAAGGGUUUGCAAGCAUGGGCGUUCUUGGCUUCUUGAAAGUUCUGCUUGCUAGUCCACUCAGUUAUUUUAGGAUUGGAGGAGGCGCCCGAGGUCGUACGACGGGUCGCGAUCGCUAUGAACAGAUCAGCUGGAUCAUCAUUCUAGUUGGUGUUGCCACCUUCUUAACGGCAAUUUACAAGGGAGUUCGAUCUUGGAGUCGCCGAACGCUCGAAAGGGCUGGCGAACGCGUCAUGGAUGUCCAAGGCGAUGACGAGGAUGAGGACGAAUAGCUACAGUUGUAAUCACCAUGUAUCACCAUGUAUGAUCUAACAACCAUGUGUCCUACUUUGGACUAGAGCCGUCUUAAGACCCAAUCCGCACUUUCUUAAAUUGCCACAAGUUAUUCCUCAAUACUGUGUCAAUUAGUCUACGUGCGAAGA